UGUCAAGUCAAGUCAGUUUGCAGGAGCGCGAUGAUACAGCCCCGAGACUCGAAGAUCUCGCCUCAGCGCUAACAGCUCUUUGGCUCUACGUCACAUUUAAAGGACAAUAUUUUCCUGCCACACGUUAAGGCAGGGCAGCCAGUGUGCGUAGUCGGCCCCCGGGUGCAGUGGCGUGGGACCAGGGCUCCCAGCAGAACAGUGCAGUGUCGGCCGCGUCUCCCCCAGGAGGCAAGCUGGAGGGCGGGGCGCUGGAGGGGGCCGAGGGCCCGGCCUUCGUCCUGAGGCACAGGGGCUGCGACGGCAUGUCGCCCGCGGGGUGCAACGGGGCCCAGCCCGAGCCCCCCAAACACAACGGGGAAAUCCCAGAGCUCAUGGAGCAGAGGGGUUCGGAGGAGAAGGAGAAGGAGAAGGAGCGGGAGGAAGAGGAGGAGAAGAGCUCGGACGAAGGCUUCAUGGGCAUGACGCCGCUCCUUCAGGCCCACCACGCCAUGGAGAGGAUGGAGGAGUUUGUGCACAAGAUGUGGGAGGGCCGAUGGCGGGUGAUACCGCACGACGUCUUGCCCGAUUGGCUGAAGGACAACGACUAUCUGUUGCACGGCCACCGGCCGCCCAUGCCCUCCUUCCGGGCGUGCUUCAAGAGCAUCUUCAGAAUCCACACGGAGACGGGGAACAUCUGGACACAUCUGCUGGGCUGCCUGUUCUUCCUCUGUCUGGGGAUAGUCUACAUGUUCCGGCCCAACAUGUCGUUCGUGGCUCCGUUCCAGGAGAAGAUUGUGAUCGGCAUGUUCUUCCUGGGAGCCAUCCUCUGCCUGUCCUUCUCCUGGCUGUUCCACACGGUGUACUGCCACUCUGAGGGCGUGUCCCGCGUCUUCUCCAAGUUGGACUACUCUGGCAUUGCGUUCCUGAUCAUGGGCAGCUUCGUGCCCUGGCUGUACUACUCGUUCUACUGCUCGCCCCAGCCCUGCUUCAUCUACCUGUUCGUGGUGUGCAUCCUGGGCAUCUCCGCCAUCAUCGUCUCACAGUGCGACUUCUUCGCCACGCCGCAGUACCGCGGAGUCAGGGCAGGUGUGUUUGUGGGAUUGGGCCUGAGUGGGGUGGUCCCCACGCUGCACUUUGUCAUCACUGAGGGCUUCUUACGGGCCACCACCAUGGGCCAGAUGGGCUGGCUCUUCCUCAUGGCCACACUCUACAUCACCGGAGCCUGUCUGUACGCCGCCCGCAUCCCCGAGAGGUUCUUCCCUGGGAAGUGUGACAUUUGGUUCCACUCUCAUCAGCUGUUCCACAUCCUGGUGGUGGCGGGGGCCUUCGUGCACUUCCACGGCGUGUCCAACCUGCAGGAGUUCCGCUACACAGCCGGGGCGGGCUGCACGGAGGAGGGCGCCCUGUGAGCGCGCGUGGCCGUGGUACCGACACGUGCCACCAGGGGGAGCCAGCGAGCCGCACGCAAAACGCGUCUUUUUAAUCCACACGGAUGGACACCGAGGUUAAAGGACGAGGUUUCUUUUCUUUGGGAAAACUACCUAAGUCUUUUCUUUGUAAUAAACUGCACCAAUGGGAGAAAUUAAGAUUCGGAAAAAAAGAACAUAUUUGUAGAUACUAAUAAAUUAUAUAGUCGCAAAGCCAAUCUGUCAAUAUUCUUAAAAAUACAGAGACACACAAAAUGUAGGCUUUAUUGAGAAGAGGGUCUAAAAUGAAUUCAAACGACAAAAACAAUUUGUGUGUGAAGAGCUUCUUUCUCUCUUCCAUAAGUGCGGGGGGUGCUUUUAAACAGAUUUUUCAUGUAAAUAAGAUUUCUAACUUUGGGUUAUAUAGAUUUGUAUUAUAUAUAUAAAAGUAAACAAAAUCAACCAAAAAAAUGUUUAAGCUAUAAGAAGAAAAUGUCAAAUUAAGAUGAAUUAAAAGAUUCUAAGAAGAAAAUAAGCGUUUAAAAGGUGAACACAAAUGCGAAACAAGUCAUUUUUUUUUUUUAGGAGGGAAGUGUUUGCUGAAAACGCCACGCGCACUGUCGAAGUUUACUUGCACAAUGAGGUCAGACUUCUGACAGGGUAGGAGGCGGGGGACAAAGAACUGUCAGGGUUAACGGUGGCCUGCGAUUGGUCCGUCGAGUCCCGGACGAGACAGCACAGUCCCGCCCCCCGGGUCAGCUGUAGUUGGGGGAAGGAGAGCCGGGCCACUGGUGGUAAAAUUGGGACGCCUUGUUUUAGCAGCAGUUCUGUUAAGUACAUUAUGAUGUGUACGGGGUGGGGCCGCUUCAGGGCCGGUUCUCUUUGUGAAGCAGGGUGUUAUUAACGAGAGAGCUCUCUUAUUGCCCUUUCCGCUCUACUCUUUCAGUGGACUCUAUUUAUAGUGUGAUGGGCUUUCUCUAGCUGUUCUCCUCUUCUGUUUCCUCCCUCUGCUGCUCCCCACACUGAUGUGGAGUCAGGCUCUGGCUGAAACGAAAGUAUGGGGUGCACAACAUUUUUUGGGGGUUUUUGUUUGUGGAAUGACGGGUGUGUCUGGGGAGGGAGCUCUGCAGGAAGGUGUGCUGGGACCUCACUCCCCCGUACUGGGCCUCUGUGUUUGGGCUGGGCGGCCCACGCCCCCACAGGCACGCCCGCCGACUUCCAGGAAUUUAGAGCAGCCCCCCCCCCCCCCUCCCUCCGGUUACCGAGCGACCGCCCGGCCCUCUCAGAAUGCGAGCGGAGGCUGAGGCGCUACGGGGAGUGUGGCGCUGUGGAAGUAGAGGCUUUUGGGCCUGGCGUACGGUCCUCCUCUUCCCCUACCCUGCGCUCACUCUCUGAGCGUGCGCACACCAGCCUUUCUGUGUUCCCCAUCUCCAUUCCUCAUCUCCUGCACGCCGAGUCUUACCCACCCCUGCGUCAGCCGCCCGAUAGAGUGCCUGGUGUUGUUGCCAGGCCUGGGGUUCGCUAGGCCGCCUGCUGGGGGGGGGGGGGGGGGGGGGGUCACAGGCUAACGCUAACACGCUGAGCAACGGAGAGCGCGCGGAAUUUAACUCGAUUUAACACCGCGUUCUGUUUCAUCGCUGUCAUAAUUCAUUUCCAGUGUUAAGACGGGAGGGGAGUAACGGCUGUAGUCCACGGUCUAUAGUCUGGUUUCUGGGAGGAGCAGUCGGUGAAAGACGGGCAGGAGGGUUGUUGCACACACAUCCGAGGAGCUCUCUCUGUGCAUGGUCCCGUUUCGUCCAGGUCCGGCUGUAUCCUCCGUCACACGUACACAGAGAAAGUGUGUAUUUCUCAUCCGGUCGACAAGUGCAGGUUGUGACCUUAACUCCAGAUUGUAUGGAGAGGGUUCCAUCUGGUAACAAACUGAGUGUCUCUAAUGAAUUUAUAAGGGUGUUGGUGGUUGGGGGUUUGGGGGGUCAGGCAAUGCAGACAAUUUGUACUUGGGGGUUUCUGAAUCUCAACUACCCUGGGGUUUGUUUCUCCUCCACUUUAAAACUGAAACUGAAAGGGGACAUUUGUGGUUCUAUAAGCUUGAGGGUGAGAAACCCUGUGGAACCCGGGCAGGCCGUCACGGCCUGCAGGGGGCAGUGUUAGCUUCACGUUCUCCUUUCUUUUCUCCCGUUUGUCCUUUACCUGAUUAGGGGUGCUCUGCAUUCUACUUUCCAUCUUCCAAAGUUGAGGCCUUGUUUCAUUGUGAAAAUUUCGAAUAACUGAAGCAUUUAAAGAAAACGAACUGCUGUUUUUUUUAAAUAUAUAUUUUUUUUCUUUUUUGCAGAGUGCGUAACGUUUGUUGUGGAAGCACACGUAUACUUCUGAAAGGGUGUGUGAUUGCGAUAGGAUCUUUAUAUCUGCUGUAUUGUUCUAAUAAAAAAAAGUUUUUUGAAUCAA